ACAUAUUAAAGGGAGGCUGGAGGAGAAGGAGCUCUCUUCUGUCCUGACCGUUUUAGAUUAUCUGUCUUCGUCCUCAGUUGGUGCGCUUGUUUCCUGAUGAGGAUGGAGGUCUGGUAGUCCAGUUUUUCGUGGCUUGCUUUCUUUGGUUCGUGUCGUCUUCUCUCAGUUUAGGGAGGGAAGUUUCUGGUUCAUUUUGGCGUCCAGGCUUCCAUAAUUUUGGCAUUAUUUGUGCAUAAGCAGUUACUUUAUUUUUGCAAACUUGUGGUUGGGUAUGACAAACUGCUGGUCACAAGGAAGAACCAACUGUCCGAAACUCACAGAGAUUUUUACAGUUGAGCACAAAUCCACCGCAGAUGCAUCACCCGAAACCCAGAUUAGGGAUAAACAAUUGCUCUCUUUGGUUGAAAAGUGUCAAGUGUCAUAUCUGUCUGUGGCCACGUGGUGGCGCCAAAGUCCCACAGGAUCCCUGGAUCGCAUGAAAGUGUCGCUGCCCGUGUGCGAACCAUCAGUUUGUGACCUUUGGCUGGUCUGGGCUCUGUGGUCAGGACUGCUGAGUCAGCCGGUUUUCAGGUGAAUAAAGAUCACUCACCGCUCAGAUUCUCCUCUUUCAUACAGGCGCGAUUCAACGAGCCCUGUGAUAUAAUCGUGUUUAUGAGUCAGAAGUCUUUUUUUGUGCGCGUGUGUAUGAUGAGACAAUAAAAACGUGUUUGUUUGCCUCCUUUUUUUAAGACGAGCUCACAUGAUGCUGAGCAGCCGUGGGGCAACGCUCGGUUGUGAAUGGUGACUGGAUUCACAUGCCCCCCCGUCAUCCAGCCGUCACUGCCACCGCCAAACAGUGAGAAGUGACAGUUUUUUUUUUUUUUUUCAAACAACGUGUGAAGGGUUAAAAAAAAAACCCCCACACACGUGAAAGUGUCGCUGAACAAAACCUGAUAUCGGCGACAUCGAGCCUCUGACUUUUCUCCCAGACGGAGAGAGUGAGACUUCAGACGCAGCACAAUCUCUGGCGCGACUGACUCCCUGCACGGAUGCGCGCCGACCUUGGAGUCUCCAGACGCGCAGCGCAGGAUUUUGCGCACUAAAAAAAAAAAAAAGAAAAGAAAAGAAAGAAAGAAAGAAGAAGAAGCCAAGUCGAGCUGCUGAGAGCGCACAGCGAGCCGGACUGCCGUCUAACCGACCGCAGUCCUCGUCACCGGGAUCCGGGCUCGCAUGGGCGAUGCUUCACCGCCCGCCAUCGCGUUAAUAUUACCGCUCGGGAUUAAUUAGGGGAGAAAUAUAGCCUUGAGUUUACCUCGGGUUUUUGGCUCGAAUUUUUUUUUUUUUUUUUGCAACUUUAGAGGAGUGUUGCCUCAACUGAGCCGCCGCAUGCAGCCGCUCCAGCUUGUUUGCAGAGAAGCCCAAAGUGUCCCAGCUGCUGCCCGGGGGAGAAUCCACCCCGCGUCCUGAGAGGCGGAGGCGCUCCGGGAGGAUUUUAGGACUCUUUUUUUUUUUUUUUCCCCCUCACGACAAGUGGAUUGACCGAGGAUGAUUCCGACCACCUUACACGACUAAAGCGAGGUAUUACAUCUAAAAAACGGUGAUCACAGCAAUGCUUCAGCGGCGUGUGCGUCUGCCCCUCUCCAAAUCUCCCAGAGAGGAUUUAAGCGCCGCUCGUUUUGAAUAAGUCGAGAAGUCUUGCGAAGAUGAGAGCCCUGCAAACACUCCUGCUCCUGUUCCUCCUGCACCAGGUCACAUGCAGGAAAGCGCAGGGAGGAGCCACGGAGCUCAUUGAAUGGGCCGAUAGUGAGCAUGAACAGAAGAUUUCUCCCACGGGGGCCAGUCCACGGAUCCUCAACCCUCUGCGUUUGUUUGCCAGGGGCUCCCCCGGGUUCAAGAGCAACAUGAGGGAAAUUACAUAUUUACAGAACAUGGAGGACUUCUGGGACUGGUUAUCUAACCAGACAGAUGUUCAGGGUGCACAGGCCAGAACUAAACGCAGGCCCAUCGUCAAGACUGGCAAGUUCAAAAAGAUGUUCGGUUGGGGGGACUUCCACUCCAACAUCAAGACUGUCAAACUCAACCUGCUCAUCACGGGGAAGAUCGUGGACCACGGGAACGGCACCUUUAGCGUUUACUUCCGCCACAACUCCACGGGCCUGGGGAACGUGUCGGUGAGCCUGGUGCCGCCCUCCAAGGUGGUGGAGUUUGAGAUCGCCCAGCAGUCCACGCUGGAGACCAAAGACACCAAAUCGUUCAACUGUCGCAUCGAGUACGAGAAGACGGACCGCAACAAGAAGACUGCGCUGUGCAACUUCGACCCAUCCAAGGUGUGCUAUCAGGAGCAGACGCAGAGCCACGUGUCCUGGCUGUGCUCGAAACCCUUCAAAGUCAUAUGCAUCUAUAUAGCCUUUUACAGCGUAGACUAUAAACUGGUGCAGAAGGUAUGUCCUGACUACAACUACCAUAGCGACACGCCCUACUCCUCCACAGGAUGAUCUAGCUGUCGUUAGCGUGCAUCAACCUUUUGUCCAAUCUUAACGUAAAUGUCAACCUCUAAGCUCCUUGUCCCGAAAUACCUAAAUACGCGAGAGGUGUUGCAGGGAAGUGCGACACAUAAUGGCGCAUUGUUACAAAACUUUUUUUUUUGUAUAUACAGAUCUUGAGACGGUUAGGUGUCCAGGGACUCGGUUUUAGGGGUUGAUUUGGGAUUCCGAGCUAGCUAGCUACCAACCCUGGGCGACUCCUCCCCCAUCACCACAGCACAUGUUCUCCGUAAAUCACCGGCGUAAUUAGCAUGUUGUCCAGAUGUUUCCUUCAAGGCUAGACCGCAGGCAAGCAGCCCCCCCCCCCCCCCCCACUCCCGUUGGAAGUGCGUACCGACUUCUGUGCCGGUGCUGCGCUGAUGCAAACUAUUUCCUCACUUCGGCCGGUUACGGGAUGAAUCACGACACGACUUUCGAAUUAAUUAUCACACCACCGGGACGGUUGGAAUUGUUAUUCAACAGGGCAUAAAAUUAGAUGUUUCACAUUUGACACGUCGCCACAUUUUGACUGAUCAGUCAAAAUGAUCUGUUCAUCGCCUUCAAAGUAGAGCCAACAUCCAUUUGUACCUGUUAACGGAGCACAGGCGGGACAGUGUCUAAUAGAUUAGUUUGAUCAAUGUUCCUUUUUUUUUUUUUCUUCAGGUAGCUCUGAAUAAUUAAUAUGGCCUUACAAUCUAUCUUUUACCUCUUAUAGGGAGCGAAUUGAUUAUGCUCCUGUGACAAAAGAAAUUGAUCUGACACUUCUAAUCCGGAGCGUAAUCAUAAAUCAAUAGACAUGAGUACGCAAGCGCCCAUCCAUGUAUAACCUGGCUGCUCCUUAAAAUGUGUUGGAUUCCUGGUGCAAUCAUAAGCCAUGUGUGUGCUAAACUAGCCUGAAAUCCAACAUCUGUGUUUGCGGGAUGCAUUUUGAGGCACCAGCCUGCUGAACGGGGGGCCCCCACAGUGGAUUAAUGUGUCAGGAGAGGCAGGGGGAAAGCGAUAAUUGCAGGACAGGUGGAUUUAGCGAGUCUGGCAGACAAUUAUCAGCACUUUGUCAUGGUCCUGCCACCAGCCCUGACAUUACCUGUCUUUAAUAGGCUUUAAUUAGCCUGGGACAUUUCAUUUACCUAAGACCAAGAGUGGAGAAACCAAAAAGCCAAGAGGAAGAAAAGAAAAAAAAAAAAAGAGAAGAAGAAGAAGAGGCAAAAGUAGAGAGAAAAGCGUCUGGAAUUUUAAUUGGAAGUGGGACUAAAUUUGAAAUUGUCAGACAUCUCCCGAUUGUACAGCAGGCUUACGUUGACUGACUUUUGUGUUUCAAGUGGAUAACAUCCAGUCUUGUUGUAAAUGGUGUAAUGUGCUUUGACUUAGAAAUCACUCACAUGGUUUUACUGAAAGGUUCUGUUGGAAAAAAAAAAAACACAUCAACACACUCACACUGUUGACUGCGUAUAUAUCCAGGGUUUUUAGGCUAAAGGCAUGUGCCGCCGAACUUAUCACAUGGCAAUUUUUUCUUUUCAGUCAAUGUUCCUUUCUUUGCUGUAUCUGAUGUCUUUUCCCUUGUCGGCUGUAAAUGUCACACAUGAGGAGAGGUGUACGAUAAGGAAACCGCUAAAUGAUCCGACUCGAUCUAUGUUGAUGUUUUAGUUCUACUCCUUUGUGCAAAUGCUGUGUAUUAACAUGUAACUCUAAAAACUAAAUGUGUUUACUUAUGGCUUCAGAGUAAACAGUGUCGACUCAUUCUAAUUUUUUCCAGAGAAAUAUAUCAAUAAGUAUGCUGUUCCUUAUUUUUGGGUGUUUGUUAAGCGCAAUCACGUAGCUGAUGUAGAUGUCAUAUUUAUUGCUUAUAGUUAUAGAUUGCUUUGAUUUCCAUGUUUGUAACCCCUUGCAGAUUGUACUCGAUUUGAUUUCCUGCUUGCUUAAUCUCGUUUAAAAACAGUUUCCUCUGUAAAAUAGGAAAUGAGAGCACUGCUGUGUGUAUAGUGUAAGUAAAGAUGUUCAUUUUGGAAUACUUGAUUUCAUCCGGGGGUUGAUUUUGUUAAGAUGAAGUUGUAAAGAUCAAUUAGGUUUUUAUGGCAUUAAAACCUUAUUUGAACUUG